AAGGUUAAGUUUAGUUGUCUACUACUCAUUUACAAACAAAAUUACUUUUUGCAUUUUAAACCUACUCAUAUAGAAACCUGGUUUAUAACGUAUUAGUUUGUGGAACCUGUGUUCAUUUGAGUUUUGCUAACGGUUAUGUUGUGGUCAGUUGUAAAAAAUGAGAAAUUAUUUUCUAAUUGUAUUUACAUACGUUUGGUGCAUUUUAACAUGUGUUCAAACAUCUGAUGUAUCUGUUACUCGGGAUACAUACACGGAUGCGUUGCAAAAUUCCCAUAAAACAUAUUAUGUUGUAUAACUUUAUUUUAACAGAUAAUUCUGCUGGUGAUUACAAUUACAAUCCGCCAAAAGAUACAAAUUACUUACCUACAGCUGCAUUACCACCGAUUUCUGCAUAUGGUCCCCCUCCAGACUCUACCGGAGGAGGCUAUGAUUACCAUCCCCCCAAAGACAAUAGCUAUUUACCACCUGGACCGGCUUACGGUCAUCUACCAGUAUUUAAUUCGGAACAACCUCCAUAUUAUCAGCCAGUUCAUUCUAUUCCAUAUAAUUCACACAUAACAUUUUUAGAUAAAUUAAAAUCUAAAAUAAGUCUUUUUACCCUCGGAAAAAUAAUUUUAAAAUUAUUGAUUUUUAAGAAAAUAGUUAAAUUUAUUGGAAUAAUUUGUCUGCUAUUAGUAUUACCAAAAUUAAAAAGUGUAUUUGCGGAUAAUACAAGUAGUGAAUAUGAGGGCAUGAACAGCAAAAACGUUGAGUCUGAUAAAGAAAAAUUGGAAAGGCAAAUUAAUGAGAUUUAUGAAUUUAUAACUAAAUCGCUUGAAGAUUUUGAAAAUGCAUAUACAUAAGUUUUAAAAUCCUAUUCUAAAAUGCCCAUGCUUAUAUUUCAUAAAGUAUUAUUUAUUUAUUAAAAUAUAUUUCAUAUGAAGCAAUAAUGGUAAAUGGUAAAAACUAAGUAAGAUAUAUAAAAUUUUAAGAAAUUAAAGUUACAAGCAAUCUUUUGGAAUUAAAUUCAAUUAGACUUUGCAUAAAUUCCUGUUUAAGUUCUUCGGACCGGCGCGUGGUGAGAGCUUAACUCUUAACUAUAAGCAUAAGAGUUCUAAUCAGCUUCACUCUGAUCGAUCAAGCAAGUUUGAUUUUUUUUCGCAGCUGUCGAACUUAUUUAAUAAAAAUAUUUAGAGAAAUUUCUCCAAAUUAAAUACAAAACAUUAGAUAUAUUUCCAGUAAAUGAAAGAGCGGCCGAAAAAUAAUAAAUACAUAUAAAUGAAAAAUAAUAAAAUAAUUUUUAAUUGAUUAAAAUAAACAAGUAAGAAAGCUACAGUCGAGUGUACUCGACUGUGAGAUACCCGCUACCCAUUUUAAAUAAAAGAAAUAAAAU